AUGUCAAGUUUUUUCCACCUUCAGGAUGUGUCCCCAUCGUUGUCGCUCGAACCCGUCGACACUUUCUUCUGCUCGAUCUCAUUCUAUUAUAUGGGCCGAGAGCUUGAACAGGAGCUUGAAAAGGCUGAGCGGCAGCGUGACCGUAAAGGCAAGGAAGUGGUGUCGCUCACGUACAAGCGAAAGUUGGAGAUGAUGCAAGAAGAGGUGGAAAAACUUCUGGAGGCCAUAAAAUUGCUAUACAAGGCCAUUUUGACCAUCCUCAUUAUCCUCGCCUCUCUAUUCCUUUUCAUCUUCAAUCCGAGUCGGUUCCAAAGACCUAAACAUAUCACUUGCGCCACAAUGCCAUGGUCAAUAUGGCCGGCGCUGGUGAUACUUUGGGGAGUCUGCUGGAUGUUCCACAGUCCCUGGUCGCCCUUAUCUGCAGGCAUCGACUAUGAAGAACUCACCAAUCAAGUGUUAUACGAAUUCACAGCAGCACCUCCGCUCGACCCCCAUAUUGGAAACGAGUUUGAUGUUCAGCACGGGCAGCUCUGGGCUGAUGAUUACGAACUUGGCCAAUUGGGGAGCUCGACUACUUUUCAAGCACCUUUUACCAUUACUGGCGAUGCAGGCUUGCAUUCGAAGGGACCAUCCGAUCUAGUCACUUCAGAUCCCCAACAGCAGGAUGCACAAUUAUCGUCGCCAUUAUCAUUGUCCCGUCGUCAUGCGGCGUAUGAGAACCUCUCUGCUGUUUCAGAAGCAUCGCCACAAGGGGAGCAGUCCAAAGCACCUAUCUGUUGCACGGAACUAAACUGUAAAACCUCAUCUAGGACUUUCAAGACAGACCGAGAGCUCCAGCGGCACAUAAACUCUAUCCAUAAGCAGACAACCAGUUUCGCGUGUACCGUUGAUGGCUGCGAUCGGGGCACCCAGAAUCCUAUCAAUCGGCUCGACAAUUUUAGACGGCACAUGCAGAGAGUCCAUAGUCAAGCUGGCCAGAUACUUGCCAUACCAGUACCAGAGACUACUCCCAAGGGUCAAAAACGCCAGGCCGAUACUAUGUCCCCCUUGGUGUCUAGGCCUGAGAAGAGACAUCACCGGACAGAGGAUGCGCCAGUACAUACUGAUGUCCAAGGUAGUCCAGAGCCUGGCGUUGACCAAUCAGUCGAGGUCGCAAGGCUUCAAAGACAGCUUGGAGAUGCCAUUGCGAAGAUUGACUUGUUAGAAAAGGGAAUUGACACUCGAAAUAAGUUAAUUAUGGAACUUUUGACGGAGAGGGCCAAGGGUUCCGAUUGA